AUGGAGGACGUGUAAGUUUGAAAUCGAUAAAAUUUUAACCCUUUUGAAGACAAUCAAAUUUUAGUGAAAACAAGGAUGGCAAUGAUCAAACCGAUAGUUUUGAUGAAAUAAAAGGGGAACCGAUAAAUAUGGAGCCUGUUUUUUCAACAGCAUCGGGAAUUCGAAUUGAUGUGAAAGCUGAAUCUAUUGCUAGAAGUGCACAAUUGUUUCAGGUAAGUUAGUUGUUCUGAUUUCUCAUAUUAUCAAUAAUGCGGCUAUUCAACUCUUUUCUCAACGCUGAAUUGGUUGAGAAAACUUAUUCAGGGCAGCUGAGAAAAUAGGAAAACGGUUGAGAAAAUGGUUUUCUCAGCAUUUUUCCCGUGUUCUCAGCGUGUUGAGAAAAUCGCUGAAUAGCCUCAUAACAACGGAAAUUUAGAAAGAUAUUCCAAACAAAGUAUUUUCCUCACCAGUUGUAAAAAACCAUGGAAAUGCAUUUGUUUCGCCAUUCCGGAAUAUAAGGUGAGUAUUAAUCAAAUUGUGAAGCGAUUCCCGUCAAAUUCUAAUCAUAUAUUCAGCUCAUCGGAUGGAACUAAAAGAGCCGCAGAUAUGAUAUCAAACGAUCUACUUGUAAAAAGGUUUUCAAAUUUUCAAAUCACAAAUAUUCGAUUGAAAAACACGAAUUUACAGGGAAAAACUAUCCGAUGAACCAGAAAAGAAAUCAUUAAUUGGCAAAGUUGUGCGCAUUGAAGUUAUUCCAGAAAUGAAAGAGAGACGUCUUGUUUUUGUUGAAAACUUAACGAAACGAAAAAUGUUGAUACGACAAAAAAUUGAAGCUCCUGAAACUGUCAAAUUAUUCGAUUUUUUGAAAAUCGAGAAUUAUAAUUUAAUCAGAGCAGGUUGUUUUUUUAAUCGAAUUCUAAGCUAAAAAUAUUAUCUAUUAUUUUUACAGAUGAAGAAGUAGUGGCUGAUCGCAUUUUUCCUCAAGUGUCGGACUCAUCAGAAAACGAAAUUCAUUCAUUUUCUUAUUUUCCAUAUACGAGAGAACCAUGUUGUAAGUUCUACAUAAAUGCUAUUUUCAAAAAAAAAUCUGAAACUAAAUUAUGAUGAAACACGGUGAAAUUCACUAAUCAUGCUGAAAACGAUCCUGAAGUAAAAAAUGGCUGAAUACCUCUUUGACUCUCACCACGGAGCUCUUGGAGCUCCAAUUUGGAGAACGCCAGUUUUUGACUUCGGGAUCGUUUUCAGCGUGAUCGAAUUAGACUAUUUCAAUUUUAUUUUUUAUUGAAAAUUAAUUUCAGAAGCCAAAACACUUCCCUAAAGGGAAUUUUAAGGUUGUUUUUUUCAGUUAUUCACCAACUUCGACCGAAAAACGAGAACGAUAUACAGAUUGCUGUUUUAAAAGUGAAUAUUGUUGAUUUUGGACCAAAGUUGUAUAAAGGGUUAGUCCAUUUCCAUCAAAAUUUAAUUGAAAACCAUAAAGUUAAUUAUGAAUAUAUUUCAGUUGCUCGAAUUGUCGAUAUCGUUUCAUAUCCAAAAACUCCAAAUCUCCAGACCAACUUCCAGAAAAUUGUCCAAAAUGUGGGAUAAAAGCAGAAAAUAAGAAAUGUAUUUAUUCAAUUGUAAGUUUUCAAAAAAUCCCCAAAUAGCAAAAAUAUGGCAAAUACCGAAUGGGUUCGCAAAAUGCCUCCGAAGGCAUUUUCGAAUGCCUCCGCAAAAUGCCUUCGCGGUACCAAAUCGAAAAGCCUCCGCGAAUUCAAAAUGACUCCGCGGUUCAUAUUCCAAAAAUGUCGAAAUGCCUCCGGGGUUUCAAAAUGACUUCGCGCCACCGAAUCAAAAUGCCUCCGCAAAUUCUAAAUGACUUCGCGGUGAAUAUUUUGAGACUGUCAAAAUGGGUCCGCGAAACAAGGCCUUUCAACACGUUUUGAGCUACAAAUUUAAAUUGUUAUUUUCCAGAUUUUUACUAAGUCUUAAAAAAAGAGAAAUUUUUUUCAAUAUUUUGAUUGUUCAAGUUCCAAUUUUAGGCCUAGGCUUAGUUAACGUAUUUAAAUGUGGUUUUGAAUGUUUCCUGCACCUUUCUGGGCGUUUAACUAAGCCUAAGCCUAAUAUCCGAACUUGUAUAACCAAACUAUCGUCUAAGUUUCAAGGCUUAGGCUUAGUGAACGCCUUGAAAAUAAUAAUUCUCAUUGAAAAUCAACUUUUUGGCCAAAAAUGUGUUGAAAAGUACACCUUUUUCGCGAAGUCAUUUUGACAUUCUUGAAAGUUUUACCGCGAAGUCAUUUAGAAUUCGCGGAGGCAUUUUGAUUUGAUAGCGCGGAGUCAUUUUGAAGCCCCGGAGGCAUUUGGACAUUUUUAAAAUAUCAAACGCGGAGUCAUUUGGAAUUCGCGGAGGCUUUUUGAUUCGGCAGCGCGAAGGCAUUUUGCGGAGGCAUUCGAAAAUGCCUCCGGAGGCAUUUCGCGAACCCAUUCGGUAUUUGCCAAAAAUAUUUGUGAAUUAUAGAUUCGAGUUGUUGAUUUUUCUGGACAAUUAGAGGUUCAUGUUCCACACGAUGUUAUGCAUACAUUUUUGCUAAUGUUGGGAUACAAAGAUAUCGAUGAGAUGGACAAAUUCGCCAAUUUACAAGAGCAGUUAGUUUGAAAGGGAACUGUUUCAACUUUCAUGGUAGAUUUUUGAUAAAAUAUCUGUUUUCUAGUAGUUUUCGAACCGCUGAUCACGAUUCCGUCAUCUAAAUUUGCAGAACUCCACUCCUAAUAUGAAAUAUGACGUGUCAAAGAUCGAAAAUUUCAAGAAUCGAGAUUUUGGGAGCUGAAAACUAACUUCAAAAAAUAUUUUCAUACAAUCAGAUUUGCAUGAAAACCACUUUUGAAUCUAGUUUUCAGCUCUCAAAAUCCCAAUUUGUUGAAACUUUCGAACUUUGACACGUCAUAAAUCAUGUUAGGAGUUGAGUUCUGAAAUUUUAGACGACGGAAUCGUUAUCAGUGGUUCGAAAACUACUAGAAAAGAUACAUUUUAUUAAAAAUCUAGAAUGAAAUUUGAAACAGUUCCCUUGUGAGUUGAUUUUUAUAAUUUUUUCUUUUUCCAGAAUGAAUUUCUUGUUUCGACCGGUUAUGAUUAGAAUACAACGACGAAAUCAAGAAGAAUGGAUUGCUGAAGAAUUUGGUGAUGUGGAUUGGGAAGGAUAUUCGAAAAUUUUAGAACGAAAGUUUUCAGAGAUGCAAAAUCCUAAACUUCAGGUAUCACUUUGUUCUUCUAACUAAAGAUCUCGAAAAGAAUUUGGUUUUUUUUAGGAUAAGGUUCUCGAACCUUCAGUUCUAAACGUCCAACCAAUGGAUGAACAAUGA